UCGAAUACACACAGGUAAAGCCAUGUCAAUGGUAUUUAACAUGAUCAAAAUCGACUAUAACUGCAAUUUCAUCUCUAUUAAUUUCUGUGAUGCAUAUUAUUGUAACACCGCACCACACAUGUCAAUGUGACUUGUUAAAGGAAAAGCGAUUUUAUUUUGUGGGUUAGUCGUUUUUGUGUCCCAAUGUGUUUUUCCCCAUAAAAGUAUCUGAACCGUGUCAUUUACACCUCUUGUGAUCAUUAAUUUAUCAUUUCUACUUACAUAAAAAUGAUUCUCGUCGAUAUGUAUGAUAUGGCGGGCUGGUGGACCCUAAUAAUAGCCUUGCAGGCAGUAUUCAUCUCAACGUAUUAUUUGUGGUCCAAAAAAAAAUUAAAAGAAUACGAAUCGUUUGAUGAUACUCCUGUAGAAUGGCACCCAAAACCCUUAGUGGAAGACAAUGUGGUCGUAGAAGAACCUCCUUUGAUGGGUAAAAUUGAUGAAAAUGUGUUAAAUGUCGGAGCUACAAGCUUCCUUUGCAUGGAUAAGGAAGAAUCUAUAAUAGAAAGUGCCUUGAAGUCUAUGGCUAAGUAUGGGGUUGGUUCGUGCGGCCCGCGAGGUUUCUACGGCACUAUUGACGUUCACCUAGAGCUUGAGGAGCGGCUCGCCAACUUCUUGGAGGUGGAGGAGACAUGUGUGUACUCAUAUGGAUUCUCUACUAUAGCUAGUGCUAUCCCGUCGUAUGCCAAGAGAGGAGAUAUUGUGUUUGCAGAUGAAAAUGUGUGGUUCGCCAUCCAGAAAGGCCUGGAUGCCUCUCGUAGUAAAGUGUACUAUUUCAAACACAAUGACAUGGAGCAUCUUGAGCAAAUACUGACAGAGUGUGCAAAGAAGAAAGAGAUUAACCCUCGGAAAAGAUCAUUCCUGAUAGUUGAGGCUAUUUACUUUAACACAGGAGAGAUGUGUCCACUGAAGAGGGUGGUGGAAUUGGCCAGGAAGUUUAAAAUUAGGAUUAUUCUUGAUGAGAGCUUGAGUAUUGGGGUGCUAGGGAAGCAUGGCCGCGGUAUCACGGAGCACCUGAACAUCCCGCGCGACGAGAUCGACCUGAUCGUUGGCUCGCUGGAGCACUCUUUCGCCAGUGUGGGGGGCUUCUGCGCCGGUACGCAUUUUAUUGUGGAACAUCAGCGACUGUCUGGGUUGGGCUACUGUUUCAGUGCCUCGCUGCCUCCAAUGCUGACGCAGGCGUCGAUAUCCGCCUUGGACAUCAUCGAGGACAAGCCCUGCCUCAUCGAGGAGUUAAAUGAGAGCUCCAAGAAGCUCAGCAGAGCCCUCUCCCAACUGAAAAACUUCAAUGUACGAGGCGAUGAGUUGUCACCAAUCAAACAUGUCUACCUGAAGAAGGAUCUUACCGACCGCCUGAAGCACUCCUACCUCCGCAACAUCACCAACUACUGCCUCGAGAAAGGAGUGGCCAUGACAGUCGCUGCAUACCUCAGAGAUGUGGAACACAAUUGUCCAGAACCUUCCAUAAGAUUAGCUGCUAGUAGGAAGUUGAACGAUGAGAACAUUUACUUAGUGUGUUCACUUCUCGAGGAAGCUUAUGAGAUGGUGGGACCCAAGCCUGAUCUCCAGGUUUUGUGAAUGUAAUAAUUUUUUUUGUUGUAUGUUAAUGCUUGAGGGAUUGGUUAACUGCCAUUUUCGAUAAACGAUUCCAAUCGCUUUUUCGAUCUAUCGCAAAAAUGGACCAAUCAGAAUGAACUUUUUUUGACAUGCUUACAAAUGAGCUAUUUUGAUUGGUCCAUUCUCAGAAUCGGAUUGAAGUUUGAGUUUAGGAUUGUUUAUUGAAAACGGAUGUGAAUGGUGGAUAUGUAGUAAGAAUCGAGAUCAGUAAGUAAAGUGGCCUUCAAAUCAAUGUUGCAGGUUUAAAAACAAUUGUAUAAUGCCAAAUACUUUAUUAGUGUCGAUCUUAGUUAGGAAUGGAACGGUGUAAGAUGGAUAUCUUUAGGGUUGAAAGGGUGUUUGAAGUAUCAGGGUCGCUUUGAAGCAUCAGGGUGUGCGGCACACACCGCUGAUGCUUCAAAGCGAUUUGUGCAUUAUUUGUCAAAGAACAUUCACUUUAUCCAUCUGUAAGAACUUUAUUAUUGAAGAUAUGGAUUAAAUACAUAUUAAAAGUACAUUCCUUAAGGUUAGUUAAUACUGUAUCAAAUAAUUUUGACACAUAAUGCAAUAAAUAAAAAAUCGGAAAUAAUAAUUUACAAUAAAUAAGAUUAAGUGCCGACAAUAUAGUACAUAUAAAAUGUUAUGAUUAUUUUCAAUGUUAUUUUUGUGAAUCCUAUUUUUUUAUUCUUAGAUUUUAUUUAAGUAAGUAUUGCAUGCACUUUAAGCACUCGAAAUAAGUAAUUAAAUAAAAAAAUAGAUUAAUUUUAUUAAUGUCACAAUUGGAAAACCAUUGUUCGAGCCAAACAAAGCUUUGUUCCAAAUAUUUUUAUCAUACACCUAGCAAGCGUUUAUAUUAAUUGCAUUAAAUAAAGCCUUAACAAUAACAAUUCAUUAUUUAAAUACAUAGAACUCUCUUGAACCUGUGUUGAUGAUAAUGAACUACCUGUGUUUGUAUUCCCUGAGUGUUAUGACCUAAGGUUCUACUUCCAAAAACAAACGUCGAAACGUCGGUUCGAAACGAAGAAACGAUAAACUGCGGAUUUAACUUUGCUACCAAAUUACUUCGGAUCUGUCACCGUUCUGUAGCUUACCUUAGUGGUAAGAUCUAAAUCCCGUAUUUUUUCUUUUGUAGAAAGCAGUGGAAAUUGCCCUCGCAGAUUAAAAAAGGGAUAGCGAAACCCUAUAAGUUCUUACAAAUUCCAUGUCUGAAUUAUUGCGAUGAACGGAUCGAAUCCGUCGUAGUAAAAAAACAUGCAAUCCGUCAUCCGAAACUACGGAUUUCGUCUUUCGAAGUAGACCCUCUAUUCUUAUUCUAAUGAGGCUUAAAAAUAGUAUUGUCCCUACGGUAGGCAGGGGCUUGUCUGUGUCCCUUGCAUUGCUUGGCCAUGAGUAGCGGUGGCCGCUUACCGUCAAGCGUGCCGCUAGCUCGUGCCUAUGUUGGCAUAAUAAAAAAAAAAACAAGAAUAUAAAACGUAACUUCACGAGGUAAGAAAACCACUGGGCGCGCUACUUUAGCUUUUUCGUUUUAAAUUUAAUGUGUACAAGAAAUUAGUUCAAUAUUUUACCGGAACAUGGCCAAGUUUUUUAUUAUCCUAGCAGGUUAUACACAAAUAUCAAGUACCAAUACAAUAUAAUGUAUGGUUAUCAUAUAUGGUUUAUCACUAUGAAGGUGCUGAGAAGACUCUCAAUUGAAAAUUCUGAGUUUUCAGAUAUAAAAGUACAUAAUUUCCAGGGACCGUCGAAGGAACUAAAUUAAUACAAAAAAUAGACGGUAUAACGCUUUUCGAAUUCUCAUCUUAUUUCUGAGUUUAUUCUUAAUAAGAAUGGAUUGGUGUCUAUCUUAAAUCAUUGUACGAAAAUUUGUUCUCAGUGUUUCAUUCCAGAGUCGCAUUAAGGGGUCCUGAUUAAUAUAAAUUUUAUUUCAAACCUAAUAUUCAUCUUGGAAUUUUAGGUACAUAAUUUACUUGAGAAGGCAUUUUUAUGCGGUCAAGGGCCAAGUGAAAUUAUUUUUAAAGAUAAAAGCGAUAGAUAAAUCCAAAUUUAUUUGAAAGCUUUAUAUUUACGACAUGGGUUUCUACAUGCUGGCGUGGUCUUUUAGGUUUCUAAGAGUAAUUCUUAUAUCCUUUUAUUUUAUUGAGUACAAUACCUACUAAUACAAUAUUUUAAUUAUUUUUUUUUGUAUAUCUAAGUUCAUUUUAAACGUUUAUGUUAAACUUUACGGUAUUAUUUAAGUUUAAUUGCACCGUGCUUGUUAUUUUGUAAUAAAAUAUUGAAUUAUACAAUA